GUGACUGAGGUGUGCGGAGCGAAGCGUCUGGGCUAUUUCGGUACUCCUCAGUUCUUUGUGGCCCUGAAGCUGCUCGCGGCCGCCCAGUCCGGUCUGCCCGUCCACCUGGAGAGCGUAACCACCAAUCUACCUCUGCCCAGAUUCGCUGGGCUGAAGAAUGAACCAGAGAUGCGAUACUCGGCCGUCCCUCCGAGCGUAGACGUUCAGGGAGCUCAGUGUGGGACUGCAGCUGUCCCCGUCUCCUGGACUCCAGCAGACAGGAGCACCUUCAGACACCUGGAGGCCAACAUGGAGAGGAAG